ACGGAGCGGGGACCUCAACCGCCUCCAUCUUCACCCCUCAGGGACCCCGGCGGAGGCGUUGCCGCGGUUACCGCGGGGCGGCUGAGGGAGUAGCGGCGGCGGCGGCGGCGGCGGCGGCCACGGCGGCAUCGGCCCCGUGAAUGAGCAGCCGGGGAGGUAACGCGCUGAGGCAAGUUUACAUGUGUGGCAGUCCAGGACAGGAACAUAUCUGAAUAAAGAUCUGUGACAGUCUCGGCGGUGGCCCCGGAACUCCUCAGCACCAGAAAAUGAGUGAACUUGACCAGUUACGGCAGGAGGCCGAGCAACUUAAAAACCAAAUUAGAGAUGCUAGAAAAGCAUGUGCAGAUGCAACCCUGGCCCAGAUCACGGCCAACAUUGAUCCAGUGGGCCGAAUCCAGAUGCGCACCAGAAGAACGCUGAGGGGGCACUUGGCUAAAAUUUAUGCAAUGCACUGGGGCACCGAUUCCAGGCUCCUAGUGAGUGCCUCCCAGGAUGGGAAACUGAUCAUCUGGGACAGCUACACCACAAACAAGGUCCAUGCCAUUCCGCUGCGCUCAUCUUGGGUCAUGACUUGUGCAUAUGCCCCCUCCGGGAACUACGUGGCCUGCGGCGGCCUGGAUAACAUCUGCUCCAUUUACAACCUGAAAACCCGUGAAGGGAAUGUGCGCGUGAGUCGCGAGCUGGCUGGGCACACAGGUUACUUGUCGUGCUGCCGCUUCCUGGAUGACAAUCAAAUUGUCACCAGCUCUGGAGAUACCACCUGUGCUCUGUGGGACAUUGAAACUGGCCAGCAGACAACUACCUUCACUGGACACACUGGGGACGUCAUGAGCCUUUCCCUGGCUCCUGACACCAGACUAUUUGUCUCCGGGGCCUGUGAUGCCUCUGCUAAGCUGUGGGAUGUGCGAGAAGGAAUGUGUCGGCAAACUUUCACCGGCCACGAGUCGGACAUCAACGCCAUCUGUUUCUUUCCAAAUGGCAACGCUUUUGCCACAGGCUCAGAUGAUGCUACUUGCAGGCUCUUUGACCUCCGGGCCGAUCAGGAGCUCAUGGUUUACUCUCACGAUAACAUCAUCUGUGGCAUCACCUCUAUAUCGUUCUCCAAGAGCGGGCGCCUCCUCCUCGCUGGAUAUGAUGACUUCAACUGCAAUGUCUGGGACGCCCUCAAAGCAGAUAGAGCAGGUGUUCUCGCCGGGCACGACAACCGUGUCAGUUGCUUGGGUGUGACUGACGAUGGCAUGGCCGUGGCGACGGGAUCCUGGGAUAGCUUCCUGAAGAUUUGGAACUAAAGCCUCUAGGUACUGGGCAAAUGUGACCGUCCUGGGCUAGUCAUGGCUUGUCAUGUCCUCCCUAACAUUCCAAGCUUGCAUUGCAUCUGCCAGACUGGAUCCUGACUUCUAAUUUCUAGCUUGUUUCUGAUGAGUAGCUGAUUGUUUGGGGCGCUAGUGCCAAUACUCCGUUGCAUUUAUCCGAAAAUAUGAGAUGCCGGGCUGUUAAAGUGGUUAUAAAUGCUGAGAGAGAAAGAGGUGUAGAUGCCGUUCAUGCCACCCAGCAGACUGUCCCAUUCCACGUUGCGGUGAGAUUGUUAACUGGAACCUGAUUGUGGGUUUUCCCGUUUUUAACACUUUCCAAACUCUUUGUUUAAGAUAGCGGAUGGAUCCCACCGGGACUGGAAGACCAUUCCAACCUUGGAAGAUUUAAAAUGAUAGCCUAUCCAAUCCAACCAUACUAACGCGGACACCCCUCCACCUCCCCCUCCCAACUUCAAAGGGGCGAGACCAUCUUCCCCCUCGCCUCUUGCUGAAACAAAGAGCACAAUUACCUUUAGAAGGAGAAUCUCUGUAGUUGUAAACAGAAAUCAAAUUGUGCAUUCCUUCUGGGACCAUUGUUUUCGGUUUGGGUUUUUCUUUUCUUCUUUUUUCUUUUCCUUUUUUGUUUUUUCCUUUUUUUUUUUGGUCUUGAGAGAACUUUCAAAGGAAAUACUGUCGUUAAAAAUGUAAACCAGAAAGCAAACUUGGAGUGUAAUUGUGAAACACAUACAGCGAAUGUUCACUGUAGUUUUAUCUCGAUUUUAGGCUGGGGAUCCCAUUCCGUCAAGGUCAAAAGAAGUGGCAGACUUUGGUUUUUCUCAUGACGGUUUCCGAUUUUAAAAUCGCGUCUGUAGCAGGGUCUUAAAAACAUGCAUACUUCCUUUUUUAAAUGCAUUUCUUCAAGCUUAGAAAUUAAACAGAACAAGAGAGUCCAACCCAGCCUCCCUGGGAUUGUUAAUGAUGUAAAUUUAGUCCCUAAUUUUUUUAUUAUUUUUUUUGUCUAGUGUCACAGAUAAUUGUUGCACAAAAACAUGGCAUAUAGAGAAUAAUGUUGUGAGGUAACCAAGCACAUGCUGUUAAUGGUAUUGAAUGCUUGUCUAAAGAACCCCUUCACCUUUUUGUGAGUAGUAGAUUGAUUUAAUUCAAAUCAAUCUCCCCUCCUCCCGUCUCUUCCCCCUCUCCUUCUGUCC